GCCGUGUCUAACGUGUGUCAGGAAUACACGGUGAAGAACCUGAGCAGGGUGGAGUUCCUGGGCAUGGUCGGCCUCUUCGGCACUGUGAUCAGCACCAUUCAGAUGUGAGUGUGUCUCCCUGUAACUCGUCCAACAUCCCUGUGAGUCUGAGAUGAUUGAGUUCUCCUUUCUUAGGGCGGUUCUGGAGCGGGGGGAAGUUGCUGCCAUCCAGUGGAGCUGGGAAGUGGGUCAGUACUUUCUGACACAGAUCUGUUGAGCAGCAGAACCGUGCAAAGACUCGACCUCUAAUGAGCGUUUCUGACCUUCCUCUCAGGGCUCCUGUUCGCUGCCUUCGGGUCGUGCAUGUACACUCUGUACAGCUGUAUGCCGAUAGUGAUGAAGCGGAGCAGUGCCACCUCCGUCAACCUGUCCCUGCUCACAGCGGACCUCUUCAGCCUCUUCUGUGGGAUCUUCCUCUUCCAGUACAAGGUGAAGUCCUGACCGAUCUCUGUUUGUCUUUCUGUGGGUCCUGUGAACCCGUGACACCGUGGAGCUCUUCUCCUUCUCUGUGCAGUUAUUAUCCAGACAAUAUUAAAGCACAUGGAAGAACUAAUUUGGCCUUUUGGAGGAUGAAAGUGUAAAAUUAAGAGUAUCUUUAGUUUAUUUUCUUACACAGAGUGAGCAGUGAGCUCAGGUUGGUGUGUUACAGUCAGUGUGAGGAUGACAAGAGUUCAUCACAUAUUCACAGUAAUCUUUUGGACCGACCCGCCUGUGGGUCACAGUGACCUGCUGAGCUGUAAAACUUCUCAACAGCUUUCAUGAAUGAUUGCAGGACUUCAUCUGAACCAGUGAACAAGUGUCUGUGAUGGUGUUUAUAGUCGCAGGUUUUACAGCUCAGAUAUAUACAUAAAUAUUUGUAGUUUAAUUAACAGCAAAAUUAAGUUUUAUUUCUGGUAAAAACUCGUGAUAUUUAGGGAUUAUCACAGAACUGAAAUUCAACUUUAACCUUGACCCAAACUUGGGGGGAUCGGGCAUUUACCACAGCUGCCCCUACCCUUUGGAACUCCCUACCUCCCUCCAUCAGACACUGCCCUGACCCCACAACUUUUAAAUCCCUUUUAAAAACUCACUUAUUUAAAAUUGCUUUUAAUAUUUAACUGUUUUGUUCAUCUUACUGUUUUCAUGUCUUUGUCUUAUUAACUUGAAUUUUACGUACCAUGUAAAGCGUCUUUGAGUGUUUUUAAAAGCGCUGUACAAAUAAAAUGAAUUAUUAUUAUUUUUAUUAUUAAAUUAACAGUCAUGACAGAAUGAAAAAACACAUUAACAGUCUGUUUUUCCUCAGUUCUCCGCGCUCUACCUGGUCUCUCUGGUGGUCAUCCUCAUCGGCUUCAUCACCUUCAACGCCGUACCCACACCGGAGCCCUCCACCUCCUCCUCUUCCUCAUCCACCUGUGACGAAGGUUCCUAUGACAACUCUGUGACCACGGACGACGACAUCCCAGAGCAGGAAGUUUCUGUGAGGGUCAGCGUUGAGGAUCCAGAGGAGCGAACAAAGAUCUCUGAACCAGAGAACGCUCAUGGAGACUUUGUGACUGUUGGCACUAGAAUGUGA